AUGGACGUGCUCGUCGCCGCCCUCAACUUCCCUCCCUCUGCGGUGAACACCGCCCAGGCCCCCUCCUGGCUCCCGCGCCAACUCGUUCCCUUCGUCACCCUCUCCGUCCCCACUGCUCCUCCCGUGAAGCCGGACUCGUUCCCAGACUCCAGCUACUAUGGCGCAGGCCUCCUCGACUUCUGCCUCAUGAUCACAUUCAUCGCCGUCAUGGCCGUCCUCCGCGACGCGACGCGACUUCUCCUCGCGGAACCCUUCGCGAGGUGGAAGCUCACCCGCAACCUCCGCGCCCACAAGCUGGCAAAGCUCGCCGCGGCCAAGACGAAUGGGAAGGCGAACGGGACCCCGGAGAAGGCAAACGGGCACGGCGCGCAGAACGGGAACGGGAACGGGUACAAUGCAUCCUCCCCCGACACGGUCACGCCGGCAGAGCGCAAGAAGCUGAGGCACGCGGUGACGCGGUUCUCGGAGCAGGGCUGGCCGGUCGUUUAUUACGCCAUCCAGGUCCCAUUCGGCAUGUACGUGCACGCCAACCUGCCGACCUCGAUGCUCAACCCGGUCGAUGUGUGGGCCAACUACCCCCACUUCCCGCUCGCCGGCCCCGUCAAGUUCUACUACCUCCUCCAGACCGCGUUCUACAUCCACCAGGUCCUCAUCCUCAACGCGGAGGCACGCCGCAAGGACCACUGGCAGAUGAUGAGCCACCAUGUCAUCACGAUCGCGCUCAUGGUCGGCAGCUACUUCUACAACUAUACCCGCGUCGGCUGUCUUAUCAUGCUCCUGAUGGACAUCUGCGAUAUCUUCCUCCCGUCCGCGAAGAUGCUCAAGUACCUGGGCAUGCGCACCCUCUGUGACGUCAUGUUCAUCACAUUCAUGGUCUCGUGGUUCAUCACUCGACAUGUUCUCUUCAAUAUUGUCAUCAAGGUCACCUGGGAGGUGUGGUACAUUGUUCCACGCAUCUGGGAUCCGUCGCGUGGCCACUACCUCACCAAGGAAAUCUACCUUGGAUUUUUCACGAUGCUUUGCACGCUUCAGGUUAUCCAGCUGGUCUGGUUUGGGAUGAUUUGCCGGGUCGCAUACCUGGUAGUAUCAGGAAAAGGCGCGGAGGACACCCGCAGCGAUGACGAAGAGUGA